CGGUGCUGAUGUGGCGGCGUGGGGGUCGAUGAUGAUCGCGUGUGUCCGCAUUUACAUGCCGGACCGGGUUCAUGUGGUUCUCCAACACAGUUAGCAUGGAGAGAUUUUAAAAGUGGAUGCUCUAUUUUUAUUAUUAUUAAGAAACUAUGCAGUUUUGUGUAAACCUGGAAGAGAAACAAGCUUGUAAAAUGUUUUCAUGAGGAAUUUGCAAUUGGAAGACGCACAUCUACUGUGACUGACGGCUGUUUUCAAGAUAGUUUUAGGAACAUGGGGACAGCAUGAUCGGAGCAUCCACUCUCCCGGGUCACACCUUGCUAGCGUGCCACUUCCCAGUGGUGCAGCUUCCCACCUGGCAGCUUCCGGUCCAGGCCCUGUGCAGCUCCGCCAAGAGGCCCAGCCGGCUUUGCUCGUCGGGUCUGACCCGGGCGGUGUCCCUCCCAGAGCAGGACACACUCACUCGAGAACACUGCUUUACGGGUGGACGGAGGCCCUUUUCCAGCAGCUACAGCAGUCUCCGUGAGGAUCGGGUGGAGGAAGAGGGGACCAGUGACAGCAGCGGCAGGUACGAUUCCAACUCAUCGCCAGAAGAAACGGGCUCCAUCAACAAGGAGGAAAGCUGCGGAGCUGCAACCACCCAGCGCUCACACAACUCGUUCCUUCCCAACCCAGAUCUAGAUGAGGACGAGGAAGACGAAGACAGUGAUGGAGACAAUCUCCACAGAUAUCGCGAGGAUUCAUCUUUCGUGUUGCAUGGAAACUCCAACUGGUCGCUGAACAACGGUGGUAAUGACGCACUGCUUCAUGAGGACCUGGACAGUGAAUGGAUUAAUGAAGGAUUAAUGCUGGGAAUGGGAAGGAACCAACACUGGCUGUCUAACCAGAUGGACUUGCUGCAGUCAGGAUGCCAGGGCUUUGCUGUGAGCAGAUCUGGCAUCGCUCUUCUGACUUGUUUGGAGCAGGACUCAGACAGACUGCAAGAGAACAUUUACAGGGAGCACAAAUGUUCCCCAGAGCAGCUGCCCAACAUUCACACAGAAGAUGUGAGUGAUUCCUCCUGUAACAGCUCAGACGGUGUGCUGGUUAAUUUCUGUACCAUCUACAACAAAAGCAACAAUCCUGCCACACCUCAGGAUCUCAGCAGCCCUGCUGUUGACCCCUGUCGGUCAUCUGAGGGGUCUGUGUUCCUCAGUCUCCAACCUGUUCCUCAACAGGCCCAGAGAGAAGAAGCUGGGUCGACACCGUCCGGCCUAGAUUCAAACUGCAACCUUUACUCCCAGGAGCCAUCGGCUCCUGGUCUUUCUGCGCUGGAGGUUACAGAUCUGGUUGCCUGCAUACGAAGUCAGGACACGCUGGCCAUGGGGACAAACCAGAAGUACUACAAGCUGGUGACUUGUGACCUCUCAUCCCAGUCACCAAGCCCCGCCUGGUCCAGUCUCACCAGCUGUCUCGAAGGGCCUGACAGAAGCAGCACCAUUCUGCCCCCUCUUGACUCUGAAAAGGAAGGACCAACCAAGGAAAACAUGGAGGCAAGCGACCACCAGGUUGCCACCACCUCCACUGCCCCCUGGAGGAAGCAACAUUUGCAGGGCCCCCAGAGCUUCUCCCACAUGCCUUGUUCACUGUGCAGCAGCCAGCGUAGCCCACAUAGUAGUAAAUGCCAAGAAACAGGAGCUGAAUCCACCCAGCCAUCUGUGAUUCAGGAGCGGGAUUACAAUGAUGUAGAUGCCACUGACAUGAGUGUUUGGUGCUGCGACAAGGAACUGGGACGCUACAGUAAGCUACGAAGGCCGACUUCUUUGCCCAUCCAGCCAUUCGUUCUGCUCCCUGCAGAAAAGCCACAGUAUCAGCCUCAACACCUAGGAGGCCUGCUUGAGCAGUACCUAAACCAAAAGAGCAGCAAGCCUGCUAGCUCCCCGAACGGACUCAAGUCCAAGGAGAAAAGAAGCGAGUGUUUGUCCGAACUCCAGCCAUCUCCAGUGGAGAGCCUCUGCCCAGUAUUCUUGGAGGCUGCAUCCAGCUCCGAUACCUGCUCCACCUGCACUCCGAGUCCAAAAUGUUUCAGCCGCAGACACAUGUGGAGUCCAAAGUCCCAAAGAACAUCACAAGAGGCUAAUCUAAAAUUGAUGGCCGAGUCUCAGGAAAGCUCAAGCCUAAACUCUGGCACAACGAACAAUCAACCCAACGUUGUUAGGAUUCACACCUGUCAGGACCUGAUCACCCUGCAGCCAGAGUCAAAGCAAGUUACUUCUGGAUCCAAAAAUACUAACAAGGAUCCCAAAAAAACUGCUUUCCAUUCAAAAGCCUCCCACAUAACACCUGGAAAACCUGACUCGAACCUUCGAGUGUCCUUGUCGCCUCCCCAAACCUCACAAUCACAGCUGAUGCUCCAGCAUCAUCAACCCCUCAUUGCUGCAGCUCGCCUCUCCUCUUUAAGCACUUUCAUCUCCUCAGACCUGCAUUCCAAGCAAAACCAUGAGCCUGAGAGGCUCAGCCCAAAGCCAGCUAAGAGUCAGCACAGUCAGUCGCUGAUCCUGAACAACAGGCCGCCUGCAGAGUUCUGCCUCUCGCCGGAUACAUCAUACGAGUCAAUGUCUAUCAGUCAUCUGCAGAGGAAAGGUUUGCUGAGAGCUGUGAGCAGGGCAGUGGAUCUGAUCAUGGCUCAUUUUGGAAGUAGCAGAGACCCAGAAGAAAAGAUGCGUCUGGGUAACAGCUCUUAUAGUCCCACCAUAGCUGGCCUCGUCCUAGAACACUUGUGUCCUGCAAUUCAGAACAUUUUAGAGGAUGGACUGAGGGACCACAAGCUGGAUUUCAUAAUUGGGCAGCGCCGCAAUCACUCCUGGAGUGUGGUGGAGAUCUCCACAAGAAUGGGUUCAUCCACCAAGGUCCUCCACACCCUCGUUUCCAAAAUAAAGCGGUGCACCGAGCUCACCAGCCACUGUAUGAGACUGAGAGCCUUCCUCAUGGGCCUUCUCAAUUAUUUCUUGUCUUGCAGCUUGAGAGCUUUGGAAUUCUGGCUUAGUCACCUGCAGAGUCAAAAAGAUGUCGUUACAGCGUACUACCACACCUGGGGGUUCCUGUACACGUCACUGAGUCGCUGUCGGCCUCUGUUCCAGGAGCUGCUUCUUCUCCUUCAGCCGCUCUCAGUGCUGCCCUUUGACCUAAAUCUUCUCCUGGAGCCACGAUUGUUAAGUCAAAGACAGCUGUGUUCGGAGGAGCGUGAUGCUCUCCCACCUCAGCCGUGCUCUGCCUUGCUUGUGACCAGUUGGCCAAAGAUACAAGCCAACAGAAAGUCGGAAUACAGCAGGCGUAACAGUCAAUCACACUGGAGAGAGCAGGAGUUUCUACGGUCUCAGAGUUCAAGUUGUUGCAAGCAGGAUUAUGGGGCCAUGCAAAACAACAGAAAUCUGCUUUUGGCUUCUUUGUCAAACAAGCCAGAUUUUGUGCAAAGUGUAGCAAAAGCUGUGAACGUCAGCCUAGAUCAUAGAAGUACUUUGUUUCAAACCAAUGUGGAUGGUAGGGAGAAUGAGAGAGAAGUGGAAAAAGACAGCAGAGGCCAAAACGCAACAGCUUCCGUCCAGGAAGACAGUCCCUGUCAGAGCGGCCUGCGGUGGGCCAAGCUGUUUGGAGCAGCUGGUGUUUCUAGCAGAGCUGAGAAAAGGUCCCACCCUCACACUGAAGCACAAAAACGAAGGCUACCGUCUCAGUGGCUGCAGUUGGACAGAUCUCAGAUUGGACUUUUGGCUCAAUCCAUUAGAUCCAUAAAGCUGGGACCACCUCAGACUGGCUUGGGUGCUGAAAACUAAAUCAUACGUGUGCGACUAUUUACUCUAAUGACACAAAGUGUUAAUAUGCAGAACAACUUCUACAAAGCCCAAUUAAACUUUUUAUUCUGAAGCAAAAAAACUGCACCAAAAAAAGCACUAGAGUAGGAUAAUUACCACGGUAAUGGGAGAAGACUAAAUGUUGUCCAGCAGGAAUACCAAUAUUUCUUUCCAUUAGUGAUUUUAUGAAACAAUUAUUAUUUGUAAGGUAAGGAUGUUUUUCUAAUUGUUUUUCAGUUUAAAAGUUGGAUGUUUCAAAAAAAUGUCAGUGUAAAAUUUAAUUGUGCAAUUUUUAAAGUUACAUGCAAUAGAACAAUCUGACAGGUUAAGUGUAUAACACAGAAAUAAAUUACAAUUUUAUUCCAAGUUCUGUGAAUCACAGAAUAUGAUUAAACACACAUAUGUGUAUUUUCUCCUUUUUUCCUGUGCAGUUUCUGAUCAUAGUUUGGUAAAAUAAAUAAAAACAAAUGCAAACAUUUUUCUUAUGAAUAAGGUUCAAUCAGGUGCCAUCUGGAUAAUCGGGAUUUGAUGCUUAUAUAUCUUUUCUUUGUAUUUGCUUGUAUUCCUAUAAACCACAACACAGAUUAGGUUUUUAUUUCUAAAGUAGGUAAAGCAAACAAACUAAAAUAUUUAUGUCAGUGCCAAAAAUAACAAACCCAGCAACUUUUACUCUAACCAGUUUCCUUUCCUAUUAUAUUCCCAGCAUGAACUCAUUGUAGGUGCAUGAACUUAGAAACAUGCAGUAGGUGCUCUUAUCCUUCUGUGAUCUAAAGCUUAGAUGUACAUUUGGUUUUGCAAAUUUUCUGUUUAUUUUUAUUUUUUCUAUUGUUGUUUUGCUGCACUACAGUAAGCCCCCUGGUGGCUGAUUCAUGUAUCAAAUGUGUGCCAGCUAUGUUUUAACAGCGUGUUCAUAAAUUUUAUUAAGGGAAGAAAAAUGUUUUUUUUUUCUUUUUAACAUUUGGCAAAUAGAGGACUUUAAUGUGAAACUUUUUUUCACAUUGUCUUCUUUUUCACAUCUUCAGUGUUUUUGUUAUUUCAUGGUUGCUUCCUCUAAUGCCCUGUGACAAUCAGUCUCUCAAUAAAGACCUAAAACACUUUAAA